UCGACUGGCUACAAAGGAAAAGGUACAUCUUCCCAUGGAGUUUUGUAUACAAUCUUGUGUAACUUUUCCCUAUUAACAGUACAAAUAUUAUGUACAAUGUCAACAUAUGUCCCCUGAAUGUCUAAAUUCUUGAAGAUUGUCCAUCAAAUACGCUUCAGACAUAUGUUCCCUGAACAUCUCUGCAUCUGCAAGUCAGUUUCUUGCACAUGCACACACAAUAUAAAUGUAUCCGACCUAUCUUGUUAAGGAUUUAUUUGUGAUUACCAUGAACAGUGCCUUUGAGCAAACACUUGAAUGCAUGAGGUAAUAACACACAUCCUAUUUACUUUGGUAUUUGCAUAUAAGAUAGAGACAUUAAUUAGCCACCCCAAAAGGGGAAUAAUCGACUACACCACUGUACAUACAGUACAUGCCCUCCCAACAUGGUAUCUUCAACUGGACAACGUUUGUGCCAAUUCUUCUUGAGAGUAUUUAUCUCCCCUGCUACCCUUCGAAAUCAGAUGUAGCUUUGCUAGUUCAUUAUUCCACCAUGUGUGCUUGACCCAAGUACCCAACACAAUCAUGUAUUCUUAGUUAGAUCAAGAGAACACCAUCAUCAAGCAUAUCAAAGCUAAGCCAUUCUCAUGAAUUUCUGGGGAGGAAAAUGAGUGCAAGUGAACUUGUGAUCCUAUUUCCUUGACAGUUGACACCUUCUACAACCAAAAGCACCAUUGAUCCAUCAAAAACCGCCACAAGAGGAGAGUUGCAUGCAUACCUCCUGCUGCUAUGUGUUGUUCCCACCAGCUUGUUUGGGUUCAAGGGCCAAUAGUUGUUGGCGCAGGGCCAUCUGGACUCGCUGCUGCUGCAUGCCUGAAGGAGAAGGGAAUCGACAGCCUUGUUCUUGAGCGCUCGAGCUGCUUAGCUCCUCUAUGGCAGCUCAAGAUGUAUGACCGCCUCAGCCUUCAUCUACCUCGUCAGUUCUGUGAACUUCCUCUCUUUCCUUUCCCUGCCAGCUACCCUGAUUACCCCACAAAGCAGCAGUUUGUGGCUUACCUGGAGAGCUAUGCUGCAAAGUUUGGUAUCAAUCCUAUGUACAACCAUACAGUGGUGUGCGCAGAAUUUGACGAGCGACUGAUGCUAUGGCGGGUGAGGACUACACAGGCCACUGGCAUGAUGGAAGAUGAUGUUGAGUAUGUGUCGCAGUGGCUGGUUGUUGCAACCGGAGAGAAUUCAGAGGCCGUGCUGCCAGUGAUCGAUGGCUUGGAAGAGUUUCGAGGAAGUGUCAUCCACACUAGCGCAUACAAGAGCGGUUCUAAGUUCGCUGGGAAGACUGUCCUUGUUGUAGGGUGUGGCAACUCUGGCAUGGAGGUGUGCCUAGACCUGUGCAACCACAAUGGUUACCCUCGUAUUGUAGUAAGAGAUGCAGUGCACAUCUUGCCCAGGGAGAUGCUAGGUCAGCCGACCUUCCGGCUUGCAAUGUGGCUGCUCAAAUGGUUGCCGAUCCAUAUCGUAGACCGGAUUUUACUGCUUGUUGCACGAGCGAUUCUUGGUGAUACAUCACAAUUUGGGUUGAAAAGGCCUAGUCUUGGGCCACUUGAGCUGAAAUCACUGUCAGGAAAGACACCCAUCCUUGACAUUGGCACUCUUGCAAAGAUCAAGUCUGGAGAUAUAAAGGUCCGACCUGCCAUAAGAAGAAUUGCAGGGCAGCAAGUAAAAUUUGUGGAUGGUCGUUCAGAGCAGUUUGACGCCAUUGUACUUGCCACCGGCUACAAAAGCAACGUUCCCUGCUGGUUAAAGGACCAAGGGCUGUUUUCAGAAAAAGAUGGGUUGCCAAGGAAAGCGUUUCCAAACGGGUGGAAGGGCGAGAGGGGUCUAUACUCCGUGGGAUUCUCCCGUCGUGGCCUGAUGGGAACGGCUGCCGAUGCGAGAAGGAUUGCUCAUGACAUUCAUAUGCAAUGGAAGUCGUCCAAAGGGAGGAGUCGUCCAGCCAAACCUUCUCCUUAGCUCUGUUGUAGAUGCUCCAUGGAUGGCGAGUGUGUGUACCGUCCUGCCGUUUUUGGAGCUGUUUUGUUUUUGAUUGGCCAACCGAUUUGGCAGAAACAGCCAAGGCCGGGUGUAAACAUCAUGCAAUUCGCGGAAGCGACGAUUUUCAGGUUCCACAUGUUAGAGAA